AUGUCUGGAUCAGAGGAGGAAGAUCGCAGCCUACUUGUUGUUUACGCGACGGAGACAGGGAAUGCUCAGGAUGCAGCAGAUUACAUCGCGCGCCAAUGUCGCAGAAUUGCCUUUCAAUGUCGCGUGGUGAACAUUGACUCCUUUUCAUUACCAGAUCUUCUUUCAGAACCCAUCGUUAUAUUUGUUGUGUCAACUACGGGAUCUGGUAUAGAACCUCGAUCAAUGACUCCCCUCUGGACCAGCCUUUUGCGAGGCGACCUUCCCUCGGACGCUUUCGAGGAUCUGUAUUUUUCGGUAUUCGGUCUCGGGGACACGGCCUACGAGAAGUUUUGUUGGGCAGCAAAAAAACUUUCAAGGCGGCUAGAAUCAAUUGGAGGCACAGAGUUCUACGAACGCGGAGAAGGCGACGAACAACACCGUCUUGGGAUAGACGGGGCCCUACAACCGUGGACUGAGGGCCUAAUAAAAAGGUUACUCGAGUUGGUGCCUCUUCCACCAGGUCUCACAAUUCAACCUGUUCAAGCAGUUCCACUUCCGCGUGUAAAGGUCAAAGAGACAUCCCAAACCGCCUUGGAGCACUCUGCAGACCCUCUGAAAUCGGAUCUUCAAUACCACAAAGCUAUUGUCAAGAAGAACGAACGCAUCACAGAUCCAGAAUGGUAUCAGGAUGUUCGUCAUUUCGAGCUGGACUUUCGGGAUAAUAUUCAGUACUCUCCAGGGGACGUUGCUGUUAUCCAUCCUGUUGCUUUAGAAUCGGAUGUGGAGUCAUUCUUAAUCACCAUGGGAUGGCAAAAUGUCGCAGACGAACCGUUUGAAAUCGAGCAGGCAUUGUAUGAUCAAUCGCUACCUGACCACCUACCACCAAUUACCACGUUACGAAUCUUGUUCACGCGGUUUCUUGACUUCAACAGUGUUCCUAAACGUUCAUUUUUUCAAUAUUUACGAUAUUUCACUUCCGACGAGCGCGAACAAGAGAAAUUAGACGAGUUCCUGUCUCCCGAAGGCUCAGACGAGCUAUAUGAUUAUUGCUACCGCGUUCGGAGAACGAUACAUGAGGUCCUUACCGAAUUUCGAAAUGUUAAAAUACCCAAAGACUAUAUUUUUGACGUCUUUCCUCCUCUUCGUCCGAGAGAGUUCUCUAUAGCAAGCUCAAUCAAAGUCCAUCCCCAUCAAAUUCAUCUUUGCAUCGCCAUGGUCAAGUAUCGCACAAAAUUAAAGAUCCCUCGGAAAGGCGUCUGUACAUCAUACUUGUCGAUACUUAAACCCGGUGACACUCUUUUAGUUGGUGUUAGAAAGGGUUUGUUGAGGCUCCCGGGAAAGAAUGACACACCGGUCAUCUUUGUGGGGCCGGGAACGGGAAUAGCUCCUAUGAGGUCUGCCAUUGAACAACGAGUGGCGAAUGGAUGCCAUGCAAAUACCUUGUACUUUGGCUGUCGGUCAGCCUCAAAGGAUCAACACUACGCCUCUGAAUGGCAAGAUUAUGCCACCAAACAGCUGUUGACAUACAGAACCGCGUUUUCGCGUGAUGGAGCAGAAGGGGAACCUCGUGUGUAUGUACAAGAUCUCAUUCGCCGGGACUCUGAGAGGAUUUGGGAUUUGGUUGGUCGCCAUAAAGCAUGGGUUCUUGUGUCUGGAUCAUCGAAUAAAAUGCCUGCUGCUGUGAAAGAUUCCAUCGCAUACGCUAUGGAAACUCACGGAGGCCUUUCGGCAAAUGAGGCGAAAGAGUACGUACGUUUAAUGGUUAAAGAAGGUCGCCUCAUAGAGGAAUGCUGGAGUUGA